UCAGCAAUCCAUUCUCGGAGUCCAGAGAUUCCGGCACCAGCUGUCAUGAUCCGCACUGCUGGAGUCAGUAGGCUCAGCAUGUGGCGUGUCAAGGGAACCUGUCUUUUGAUUCGAACUUUAGCACAUGCAGAUAAGUCGUAGGAUUCACUUUCAACACCUAGAGGUGUUAGGACUACCACGAAUCAAGUGCAGAUUCGUGUUUGCUCAGUACUUGGGGCUCAUUCUUAGGAUUGAAAUUAAAUACCCAGAGCUCACGCGAGGUUUGUGGUUCCAUAUUCACCACUGGGAUUCGGGGCUGAACAUCUAGAAAGGGGGAUACAGGCGUUUGUCAGUUGUUGGGAUGGAGAUUUAAGGUUUUUUGUGAUUUUGGAGUCUUGAGAAGGGGGUCCGUUGAGUUCCCGAGUUUACAGAAUUUGUUCAUGGCCAAAGGGAAGUCGUUAGAGAUAAAAGAGCGGGGGUCCGAUUUUUGAGGCCAACUGAGCUCUGGAUUGAGAUGAAAUCUGUGAUGGUGUGAACUUUUGAGUUUACAUCCUAGGAAAAGGCUAUUUGUUGCAAUUUGGGGUGUGAGAUCUGAAUGUUAACUCUUCUGUUGGGGGUUUGAGGUUUAGGUAGCUACCCUUCAUCAUGCUCAAAGCUGUGAUCCUCAUUGGAGGCCCUCAAAAGGGGACUCGCUUCAGGCCUUUGUCUUUUGAGGUACCCAAACCACUGUUUCCCGUGGCAGGCGUCCCUAUGAUCCAGCACCAUAUAGAAGCCUGUGCUCAGGUCCCUGGAAUGCAGGAGAUUCUACUCAUUGGCUUCUACCAGCCUGAUGAGGUGCUCACCCAGUUCCUAGAAGCUGCCCAGCAGGAGUUUAACCUUCCAGUCAGGUACCUGCAGGAGUUUGCUCCCCUCGGCACAGGGGGUGGUCUCUACCAUUUUCGGGACCAGAUCCUGGCCGGGGCACCUGAGGCAUUCUUCGUGCUCAACGCUGAUGUCUGCUCUGACUUCCCCUUGACUGCUAUGUUGGAUGCUCACAGACGCCAGCGCCGUCCUUUCUUACUCCUCGGCACCACUGCUAACAGGACGCAAUCCCUCAACUACGGCUGCAUCGUUGAGAACCCACAGACGCAUGAGGUCCUACACUAUGUGGAGAAACCCAGCACCUUUAUCAGUGACAUCAUCAACUGUGGCAUCUACCUUUUUUCCCCAGAAGCCCUGAAACCUCUUCGGGAUGUAUUCCAGCGUAAUCAGCAGGAUGGGCAACUCUGCCUUGCUCUGGGGGAGGAUGGCUCAUGGCCUGGGGCAGGGACCAUCCGACUGGAGCAGGAUGUGUUCUCGGCCCUGGCUGGGCAGGGCCAAAUCUAUGUGCACCUCACUGAUGGUAUCUGGAGCCAGAUCAAGUCUGCAGGCUCAGCCCUCUAUGCCUCCCGCCUCUAUCUGAGCCGAUACCAGAUCACUCACCCAGAAAGGCUGGCCAAACACACUCCUGGGGGCCCACGAAUCAAAGGAAAUGUUUAUAUCCAUCCAACUGCUAAAGUGGCCCCAUCAGCUGUGCUGGGCCCCAAUGUCUCCAUUGGGAAGGGGGUGAUUGUAGGCGAUGGUGUGCGUCUUCGAGAGAGCAUUGUCCUCCAUGGAGCCACUUUGCAGGAGCACACCUGUGUCCUUCACAGCAUUGUAGGCUGGGGGAGCACUGUGGGACGCUGGGCCCGGGUAGAAGGCACUCCCAAUGACCCCAAUCCCAAUGACCCCCGAGCUCGCAUGGACAGUGAGAGCCUCUUCAAGGAUGGAAAGCUACUUCCUGCCAUCACUAUCCUGGGCUGCCGUGUCCGGAUCCCUGCCGAGGUACUCAUCUUGAACUCGAUUGUUCUGCCACACAAGGAGCUGAGUCGAAGCUUCACCAACCAAAUCAUCUUGUGAGGGUGCAGCCAAAAGGCCCCCAGGACUUCUGCCCACUCUCCUUUGGGCUUCCGCCUGCCUGGCUAGCUCUGUCCAGAAAGGACCUGAUGAAGCCACCUUGUAGGGAGCCAUGUAUACUGGCCGGGGACACCUGGCCUCCUUCCCCACUCCCAAAUAAACCCCCAUGAACCUUGAAGCCAGCUUGGAUUCCGCCAUGUGCCUUGGCUGGGGGUGGAGGUACAAGAGGGGCAGCUGAGUCAGGCCCCCCCACAUUAGCAUUUAAAUUGGAGUCGUUGCUGCUGGCUC